CGCCCCCAAGAGGUUUGUUUAGAAUGAUCAGAUGGACCGAUGGAGACACGGGAUAACAAUCCGGACCGCUGGAUGCUUGGACAUGUGAGCGAAUAUAAUUUUUGAUUAAACACACUUUUGGCAGAGUGGGGUGUAGCCGUAUAAGGGAACAUCAUGCCUCUGGUAAAGAGGAAUAUUGAACCCCGGCACCUGUGCUCCGGGGUACUGCCCGAGGGUAUUGGCAGUGAACUUGAGUGUGUCAUGAACAACACACUGUCUGAAAUCAUACGCCAACUCAGCAGUCUCAGUAAACAUGCUGAAGACAUUUUUGGAGAGCUCUUCAACGAGGCAAACAUGUUCUAUUUGCGGGCAAACUCCCUGCAGGAUCGAAUUGACCGGCUUGCCGUCAAGGUGACUCAGUUGGACUCCACGGUUGAGGAGGUGUCUCUUCAGGACAUAAACAUGAGAAAGGCUUUUAAAAGCUCUACUGUGCAAGACCAACAGGUGGUGUCCAAGAGCAGUGUCCCAAUCCCUGUGGUGGAGAUGUACAAUUUGAGUGACAAACCUCCACCUCUCAAUAAUCUGACACCUUACAGAGACGAUGACAAAGAAGGCCUUAAGUUUUACACUGACCCCUCCUACUUCUUUGACCUGUGGAAGGAGAAGAUGUUACAAGACACAGAGGACAAGAGGAAAGAGAAGAGACGGCAAAAGGAGCAGAGGCGAUGUGUGGAUGGCACACUGCAACGGGAGGUGAAGAAGGUGCGAAAGGCACGAAAUCGAAGGCAGGAGUGGAACAUGAUGGCAUUCGAUAAAGAACUGAGACCUGACCUCCGACACACUGUGCAUAGAGGAGGGUCUACAGAAGGCACGAUGUCUCCAGAGCACAGGUCUCAUGGCCAAGACCAUACAGAUCAUGGCUAUCUCACCAUGGCCAACCAUGCUGGCCAUGCACACACUUACUCUGGACCUACACCCAGUAUGGCAGCUCUGUCCGCCCUUACUCAAAUGAACAUGGACCAGGAUUACAGGGCUGGGUCUAUGGCAUACCGUUCUGGCACACUGGGUCGUCCACACCAGGCCCCACCCCCUCCUCCAUCAACAAACACAAUGAAUGGCUCCAUGACCCUGCCACCUGUCGACUACAGUUUGGAUUACAUGAAUUCUGGGCCCCCACCUCCACCCACAGCUAAUAUCCCAUCAACACAAACAGCGUUUGGUAUGCCACCCAUGGGACUAGUCCCGCCUCCAGGCCCAAUGGGAGCAUCCACUGGGUAUGCCCCACCUGUUCCACAUAUGUCUGGACCAAUGGCUGCACCUUCUCCACCUGUAGCCCCGCCCCCUCCUCCAAGUACAACCCAAUCCAUCACUCCCAAACGGCCCUCUGUGCCGAAUGAAGCCCAGCCCAUAAACGAUGCUCGAAGUGACCUGCUGUCUGCUAUACGAAUGGGUAUUCAGCUGAAAAAAGUUCAGGAACAGCAGGAGCAGCAGGCAAAAAGAGAACCGGUGGGCAAUGAUGUGGCCACCAUCUUGUCUCGCCGCAUAGCCGUGGAAUACAGCGAUUCUGAGGACGAAUCUGAGCUAGAGGACAAUGACUGGUCUGACUAACACUAUACAUGAUGAUGCA